CAACUUUGUACCGUGGAAUUCCCGCAUGGGAGCACUUCUCGACUUGCAAUCAAAAUCUCUCCAGUUUGGUCAUUCCGCUGGCAUUCCGCUCCGGAGGUCAUUCGCGACCCGCUUUACCGGUUGGACACUGUAUAACCUGGGAAACGGGAGCGGUGGUAUAUUGCCUUCAGUAUGUCCGAGAAGCGGCCAAUAAUAUCAAGUAAACGCCUGCAACAGACGCAAGCUCAAGUAAAUGAAGUUGUGGACAUCAUGCGAGUUAAUGUCGACAAAGUGCUUGAAAGAGACAAAAACCUUUCUGAGCUAGACGGUAGAGCAGGUAGUUGGGUGCGUACGCAGUGGCCGUUUGACGAAUUGAGAGGAAAUAUGAAGGAACUAAAUGAAAACCUCAGGCUGACCUACAGCCAUUAUAUUUGGCCACCUCUGUGGUUAGACCGCUUACCAGGCAUAAAUGAAACCGUAAGUCUUCGUUCUGUUACACAGCUUUUCCCAUGUAGUGGUUAA